CGCGUGCCCCGGUGCCAGCGCGCCCUGGCGCGGGUGAGGCCUCCACGGCCGAGUCUGCGCUGUCGUGUUUCCGCAGCGUCCACGCUGUGGCUGCGAGAAUUCGCGGUACGAGCUGACUUUCCUUUGCGUUGUGACCCCAGGAACGUGGGCGCCAGGCUUCCUGGGCGCCAGACAAACCAGAGAGCAGAGAUCCACGCGGCCUGCAGAGCCCUGGAGCAGGCGAGGGCCCAGAGCAUCAGCAGGCUGGUUCUCUGCACGGACAGCAUGUUCACCAUACACGGCAUCACGAGCUGGGUUCAGGCUUGGAAGAAAAACGGCUGGAAGACAAGUGCAGGGAAGGAGGUGACCAACAAGGAGGACUUCAUGCGGCUGGACAGGCUGGCGCAGGGCCUGGACAUCCAGGGACAGAGGAGCCCUGGUGGCGAGGCAGCCAGCAGGCUCCGUUCCAGCCCUGCCCCUGUACAGCCCGGGUCCCCCAAGGAUCCCGGUUCUCAAGGGGGUGAGGACCCAGCUUACUCCCCCCGGCAGCCCGCACCCUGCGGCCCUCCGGAAGCCGCCUGCCUGCCCGCCGUGGUUGCGCCCCGGCGAUGCGCGUGCCCGUGUGACCCUGUGCGGGUCCAGCCCGGCCGCCUGGCGGGUCUGCGCGGCGGGAGUCGGGCAGCCGCGUCACGGCCUCGGGCGCGCGGCUUUCGGCCACCUUGA